AGCAGCUUCCUACUCGCGAGGACGUUGUGUCCUCUUUUUUGGACUUGAGCAUGCUCCAGGCUCGUCAGGAACGACUCACCCUCCAUGUCGCUGCACUGUGUCGCCUUCUCGCCAUCCUCUCUGACCCCCUACCGCACCCUCCCGAUCAUCCCAGUACGACUCGGGACCUCCACGAGGGUGUACUCAGCGCUGUGGGAUUCCGGUUCUCAGGGCGACUUCAUUCACCCACGCGUGGUGAAGGAAGCUCGCUUACCCACGACAGGGUCUCCGACUCCCAUCUCCGUUACCCUAGGGGAUGACAAGACCCAGCGCUUCUUCGAUMAGACGGUCACCGACCUCCCCUUCUUYCUCACUCUCRARCCGACUGAKCGUUCCCCGGCGUCUCGUAGCCACCGCUCCUCUGCACAUUUCGAUGUGAUGGAGACGGGGUACGACUUCAUUCUCGGCACUCCGUGGUCUCGUCGGUUCCGCAGCACCGAGGCCGAUUGGGCGACCAACACUCUCGUUCUCAAAACGAAGUGUGGACAGACGUAUCGCGUACCUUUCAUAGGUAUCACGACGACACCACGCCCCGAUCCUCCUCCCCCGGAGCCUUUAGUGCCCACACCAUCUCCCUCUAUCACUGUCACCUCGCCUCGGCAGUUCGCUCACUUCAUUCGACAGGACGACGUCACCUUCUUUGUGGUGGACAUGACGGAUCUCUUACACUAUGAUCCACCCUGUCCCGACGCCGAGCUCAUCCCUCUCGAGCCAGAUCCUCCCUCUAUCUCCAUGGCUCCCAUCUCUACUUCCGUCCCUCCCCCAUCCGUCGAGUCCACCCCGCUGUCGCGCGCUGACGUUGACGCUGCGGAACUCGCACGAUAUAUGGCUGACCUCGAGCCCUCAGUUCAUGACCUCAUCCGAGAGUACCACGACGUUUUUCCAUCGUCGUUCUUGUACGUCGGCAUGCCACCGAUGCGUGAUGUCGAGCACUCCAUUCAGCUUGUGCCUGACUAUCGCAACCGCUUCUUUACGAAGAUUGAUCUUCGUAGCGGUUACCAUCAGAUCUGCGUCGCUGCAGCCGACCAGGCGAAGACCGCGUUCCGAUCGCGAUUCGGCCACUACGAGUUCACGGUGAUGCCAUUUGGCCUCACCAACGCAGCCGCUACCUUCCAGAGGGCGAUGAACGACAUCUUCAGGGACAUCCUAGAGCAGUACGUUCUCGUCUACCUCGACGAUAUCCUGGUCUAUAGUCGUACCCUUGAGGAGCACCUCAGACACCUCCGCGACGUCCUUGGUUUUGCUUGAGGGGGUCCAAGACCCACAAACCUCCUUGGCUGAGUGGUCUGGACCACUUUAGGAAUAAAUCCCUGUUCCUCAG